AUGAAAUUGAUCCAAGCAAAAGACCAUUAUAGCGCACUCAUGAAAGAGUACAAGGGAUAUAUUGAUACAUGGGAUGCAAUAUAUAAAUUGGACUCAAAUCAAACAAACUCAACAGAAGAACUAUUCAAAGAUGUCAAGAAGAACUUGAUUGAUACUGGAUAUUUUGCAGCAGAAGAGAUGAUUCGUUUGAUUACAGAUGCUUGGAAAAAGAAUUUACAUUAUAGUCAAGGAUAUAUUGAUCUAAUGGAAAGAAUAUUUAAAGAAUAUAAUUUCACUGAUGAUUUAUAUAAGAAAUUUGUUCCAAUUAUACUUUCAUAUGAAGAAAUAAUAAUAAAUGAUGAUGUAGAAGGACUAUUAAAUUUCAUAAAUAAUGAGGCAUAUGAUUUAACAAAGCUACUUGAGUUAUGUUGUUUGAGAGGAGCAAUUAAUUGUUUCAAGUUAUUAAAAGAUGAUUUUAACAUGGAAAUCACCAAAAAAUGUCUCGAUAAUUCAUUUAAAGGAGGCAAUCAAUACAUCAUUAAUGAAUGUUUGAAAGAACAAAAUCCUGAUAAAGAAACAAUGGAAGCUGCAAUUCAAUCACAUAAUAUUGAUAAUUUUAAGAAACUAUUUUUCGAAACCAAUAUUCAAAUUCGAAUUAAAUGCAUGGUUAAAUACAAAAAUCUUCAUGCAUUUAUUUAUUAUUUAAAUCGAACAAAUGAUUUGGACACUUGUUUUCUAUUUUCUCCAUAUUUUAAUAUUCCAUCUUUUUGUGAAUAUUUGUAUGCUAAUGGUGCGAAUAUGAGUUCUAUGUCCACAGAUGGUGAUUCAACUCUAGAUAUAGCAGUUCUUACAAAUCAUACAGAAACUGCAUCAUUUUUGAUUUCAAAAGGAAUUGAAAUGGAUGAAAAAGCAUUUUAUUAUGCAGUUUCUUCAAACAGUACUGUUAUGGUGGAGUUACUUGUUUCACAUGGUGCAGAUGUCAACUUCAGAGAAAAAAAAAUACUGGUUUUUCAAUGCUUCAUAUUGCUUGCUUGA